GCAGCCGAGCAGAGCCUCUCCAGUCUCCACCGUCCGUCCAUGGCUUCUCGAGCCCUCGCCGCUCUCUCCAUCCAGCCGCGCCUCGGCGGGGGCGCAUCGGCGCUCGGACGGCCCGCCGUCCGCGUCAGCGCCAGGCCGCCGCGGCGGCGCCGGCCCAUGGUGGUGCGGGCGGGCGGGCCGCCGAGCACCAACGUGCUCAUCCUCGCCUUCGUGCUCCCGCUCUCGCUCUUCGUCGGCACCCUCGUCGCCGCCGCCCGCGUCGCCGACGACCUCGACGAGCGGUUCCUCCGGGAGAUGGAGAUCAACAAGGCGAUACUGGAGGAGAACGAGGCUUCCUCCGAGGAGGCGGCAGACGACGGCGGAGAGUACGUCGUCGGCGGAGACGAGGCCCCGUUGCCGGCGGCGGAGAAGGAGCAGGUCCUUGUCACAGCCACUGGCACAGGCACGCGCGCCAGGAACAGGCCGAAAAGGGAGGUGUAUUAGCUUAGCUAGAUUUGCACGGAGGGAAAUGCUUUGCUACCUUUGAGAUGUGUCCGUCAAUCAGCUUGUAAAUCUUUUCGCAAAUAUUUCAGUUUGAUUGAUAGCAUAUGCAAGUUAAUGCGCGAUCGAAGAAUAUAUAUAUACCCGAGGCGACCAAAGAACGAAACCGAUUAUAUAUAUAUUGAGGUAUAUAUAACAAGGAGCUGAAGCGCUUCAGAACUGUUUUUCAGAGA